CACCGCCCGGACCGGAGCCCGCCCGACGGUGAGUGCUGCGCCGUGCCCCUCCCCGCAUCCCCCCGCUCCCGGAGGGCUCUGCACCGGCACCCUCCCGCCGGGACAUCCCCGGGAGCGGAUGGAGCGGGGGGCUCCGGCCGCGGCUUCUGCCCGUGUCCCGGGGGCCCCAUCGGGUCUUCCCCGACUUCGCACCGGCGGGGCCGGGGCCGCAGACCCGCGGGAUCCCACCGGGGCCGGGGCAGCCGAGCUCCGGCCCCCGCCCUCAGCAUCCCCGGGGCGCUGUGUGCUGGUGCUGCCCCAGACUGACUUCUUGUCCCCAGCGAUGGCCGACGAGCUCCGUGACCUGCUGCGGGAGUUUGAUGAGGUGAUGGAGGACUUUGACAGGGGCCCCGCGCGUCAGUACGAGCAGCAUCUGGAGGAGCUGAAGAGGAAAGCGGGGACCAGUGUGUACGACAGCGGCAUCGAUGAGCUGGAGAGUACCAGCACAUCGCCAGGAAGCAGCCUCAACUCCAGCGAGGAGGACCUCAACACCCCGGCCAGUGCUUACCCCUCCAAAGCGAAGCUUGGCGACACGCAGGAGCUGGAGGAGUUCAUUGCGGACCUGGAUAAAGUGCUGGAAGAGAUGUGAGAGGUGGUUUUGGCGGCGACUUUGGAGACAAGGACCUGCAGCAGAUGAGCCCCGUGUCUUCCUGAUGCACCCUCUGCUUCUGCGCCACCCCAGCCUCCCACCUGCAGGGUGACACCCUGUGCCAGCCACCACGGACUGCCCCAGCCAUGGGGACCCUGCUCCGCUCCCACAACCCUCUGCCAGCACCAAGACGAGGAGAGCCCUUGGUGGAGGAUCGUAGAGAAUCCCAGACUGUGUGUUGGGAGGGAUCUUAAAGCUUCUCCAGCUCCAACCCCUGCCACGGGCAGGGACACCUUCCACUAGAGCAGGUUGCUCCAAGCCCCUGUGUCCAACCUGGCCUUGAACACUGCCAGGGAUGGGGCAGCCACAGCUUCUCUGGGCACCCUGUGCCAGCGCCUCAGCACCCUCACAGGGAAGAGCUUCUGCCCCAGAGCUCAUCUCAAUCUCCCCUCUGGCAGGUUAAAGCCAUUCCCCUUGGCCUGUCCCUACAGGCCCUUGUCCAAAGCCCCUCUCCAGGUUUCCUGGAGCCCCUUUAGGCACUGGAGCUGCUCUAAGGUCUCCCCUUGAGGAGCCUUCUCUUCUCCAGGCUGCCCCAGCCCAGCUCUCUCAGCCUGGCUCCAGAGCAGAGCUGCUCCAGCCCUCACAGCAGCUCCAUGGCCUCCCCUGGACUCGCUCCUGCAGCUCUUGUGCUGCUCCCCAGAGCUGGAUGCAGCACUGCAGACUGUGCCCAGCUCUUGUGGCUGUGAGGGGUCAGUGAGGUCUGUGCCACUGUUGAAGCCAGAGGAGAACCCUGAGUGGUUUUGGGGAAGAUGAGCUCACAGUGCAUCAGCAAGACCUCGGUGUCCCCUCCUGGAUCAGGGAAGCCUGUUCCCGUGGCAGAUGUGUCACAGGCAGUGACAACCACUGCUGGUGCUUUGCUUUGCACGAGUAGCCUCAAGCCCAGCCCCAGCCUGCGCCCCGGCUGCUGCUGUAAAUAGUGUAAAAAGGUUGUGGCUGUACAGGGGAUGUGUUUGCAUGAAGGGAUUGGAAGCCUCC